GAUUUCAUAUUUUAAAAUAGACAAACUGUGUGAUUUUCACAGUACGGUUUUAGAACGCCAACAAAGCACACGGCUCGUAAAGAAACGGCAUAAACAUAAAACGGUUAAAGGAUUACGGUAAAAGUUAUAUACAAAAAGGAUACAAAUACAACAAAUAAACUCCAAAAUGCCUUUGAAGAAGAAGAACGACUAUAUACCCAUCAAGUGUGAGGGUUGGAAUGGCAAAUUCCUGUAUGGUGAUGGCGCGACGAAUAAUGUUUCGAAAGUGCGUCGUCACAAUCAAAAUGUCACCGAUACCUCCAAUUUCUAUGGCUACAGCAAUGAGCCGAUUAUACUGCCCGUUAGCUGGGAUGGCACCUUCGCCAAGAGUGGCGAGACACGUAUACAACCGGAUCGUAAUCGUUCCGAUGAUUCGGAAUACUACCAAUACAAUACGGAGCCCACCGUGUUGCCCACACAAUGGAAUGGUGAAUUUCAGCUCGAUCCCAAUGAUAUACGCAUCAAACCCGAACGAAAUCAGUCGGAUCCGCGUGAUUAUGCAGAGGCCGCUCGCUUCAAGCGUGUCAGUUAAGCAAUUACAGACGUGGUUCGCAGUUUGUGGUAGUUCUAGGAGUGCGACACUGAAACUGUUUUAGGUUUUUAUUUACUAACAAUGUGAUUUUGUUCAUUACUAAACAUGUUUACACUCACAUUUGCUUCGGUGUGGUUUUUAUGAUGUGUAUUUUAUUCGUGCAAUUAUUCUUUAUGAGUUCUCAGCCGAACAAUUCACUCAUACUCACUUAUGACGGCGCUAAAGGGAGGAGUAAAAAAUUUAAAUUGUGAUUAUAUUUAUCGUAUAAAAUAAAUAAAUAAAACUACGUUGAGUACUCAAA